CUCUGAUCCUUUGACUACCGGCACCUGGAUGAAUGGGAAUCUUCAUAGACAUUCAUUACAAUUCACAAUGAGUAUGAAUGACAUAAAGGAAGAGGACAUUUAUGACUUUCUACCAGAGCAUUUGUCUACAGACAUGAAAGGUAGUGGUACUUGGACACCAAUGUGUAAAGAGGAGCCAUGUUUGUCACAUGAAUUUGAAGGAGGGGAGAAUUCUAAGGUCAUGCAAUGUAGUGGGCAUGAGAUCAUGUCUACAAUUCAGCCAGCAACUCCAUCACAACAGUCAACAUCUUUGAAGGUGAUUAAAGAAGAAGACAUGUAUGAUUUCCUUCCUGAGUAUCUGUACAAGACAAAGGAGGAAGAGAAUGAAACUAACCAAUCAUUCUUGAAAGAAGAAGCCAUGGACAUGAAAAGUGAAACGGAGUCUUCUCUAAUGGACUACAAUGAUGACAUGGCUUUAAAAGGUGACAAACAGACAGCUGGGGAAAGGUCUUAUCAGUGUGCCACAUGUGGAAAAGGCUUUGCAAAGAAAAGUCACCUCAUCACCCAUCAGAGAAUCCAUACUGGAGAAACGCCUUACCAGUGUGCUACAUGUGGCAAAGGCUUUAAACAGAAAGGUGAUCUCAUCAUUCAUCAGAGAAUCCAUACUGCAGAAAGGCCGCACGAGUGUGCGACAUGUGGAAAAGGCUUUACACGCAAAGGUUAUCUCAUUACUCAUCAGAAAAUCCAUACUGGAGAAAGACCUUACUGCUGUGCCACAUGUGGAAAAGGCUUUGCACAAAAAAGUCACCUCACUACCCAUCAGAAAACCCAUACUGUAGAAAGGCCUUACUGUUGUGCCACAUGUGGAAAAGGCUUUGUCCGGAAAAAUGAUUUCACUAACCACCAGAGAAUCCACACUGGAGAAAGGCCGUACCAGUGUACAACAUGUGGAAAAGGCUUUGUACGGAAAAAUGAUCUCAUUUACCAUCAAAGAACCCAUACUGGUGAUAGGCCUUACUGGUGUGCCACAUGUGGAAAAGGCUUUACAAGGAAAAGUCACCUCAUCACCCAUCAGAAAAUCCAUACUAGAAAAACACCAUACCACUGCGAUACAUGCGGAAAAGGCUUUAAUGAGAAAGGUAGCCUCAUCAUUCAUCAGAGUACCCAUACUGCGGAAAGGCCUUUUGAGUGCACUACAUGUGGAAAAUGUUUUGUACGUAAUUGGGAUCUCAUUUACCAUCAGAGAACCCAUACUGGAGAAAGGCCUCAUCAGUGUGCCACAUGUGGAAAAGGCUUCAGAUACAAAGGUGAUCUCAUUUACCAUAAUAGAACCCAUACUGGGGAAAAGCCUUUCCAGUGCACUACAUGUGGAAAAGGCUUUGCACGUAAAGAUCACCUCAACGUGCAUCAGAAAAUCCACAUAGACUACAACUAACAUCGUUGCACAAGACCCAUAUUACUCUGAAGUACUGUGACAGAACAUCUGCAUGUUGAGACUGUGGAACAGUAACAGAACAUCUGCAUGUUGUAUGGGAGCCAUGGUUAUUGUAAAUUCAGAUGGCAGCACGGACGGUAUAAAACCACAUAUUUCUAGAGACAUGCACAAUAUCAUUUCAAUUUUUAGUGUUGUUUUCUCAUUUAUAUUGUUCUAAGUUUUAUUUUCAUGAAUUGUACAAUUCGAUUGCUAUAUUACAACUUUUAAGUCCUUCAGAAAUGUAUCACUUCCUUUUGUCUUUUUGACUCCUUUCUCAAUUAAGCUUUUUUCUAAUGGCCCAAGGUAUGUUUUAUAGAGAAUUCCCUUAAUGUAUGGAAUGCGUUAGGAAAUGACAGUAUACCUUCACAAAUACAGAGAUCCAUAGCAUGUCCUCUAAUGCUACAACACACAUUAAGGGUGAGUUUAGGAGAACAACAAUUGAUUAUUUGAUCAUUUGAAGCUGUUAAUGCUAGGGAGUGUUGAGAUGGCUGAGGAUAACACGAAACCACAGGAGCAACAGGCCACAGGAAAAGGGGCCACAAGUACAGUAGAUGUUGAGUGAAUGUUAAAGUUAGCUGCAGGGAUGGCUAAAAUUAACCGAAAUGUUCACAAAAGGAAUUGAUUGAAAGCUCAGCCUCCCCAUUCACAAUGACACCAAACAUAACAAAGUAAAACAUCCCCAUAUAUCUAUCUAAAAGCUCUGAGGAAGAACAUUGUUGGCCGAAACAUGUUGGCAAUUUUUAACAGUUCCAUUAUGAACUAGCUAAGUUUAUUGAAAUCUUUUCAACCAAGAAGAAGAGUGCCUUGGAUAUUUUUGAUAACCUGGAUCCCCAUAUAUCCCCAUUGAUAUGAUGAUGACACAACAUCUGCUUUCUGUGGUGGCAUCACAGGGGGGCUUUUCCUCUUUACAUCCACACAUCAAGGCCCCUUGAGAAAAUAUGUGACAAACAAAGCAGUGUUU